UCACAGGCGUUUCUCCGACAGUACCUGUUCUUCAAAACCGCUCCCGGGGGCGCCGCGCUCCCAAGGGCUGAGAUCCUCAAAGGCGGGCAGUCUCCUGGCGUCCAUGACAGGCAGGAGCCCCGCCCCCCCGGCUAGCCCCGCCCCCCGGAAGUGAUGGCUGAACCCGUGCGCUCACUGCCGGUGGGUCCCCGGCUUGCAUGGCCGGGCCGUGGGGAACGCGGGUGGCCCUGGCCGGGCGCCCUAUGGCGGCGGUAGGAGCCGGAGCCGGAGCCGGUGCCAUGAGCGACAGCGACGCCCUCGACUACUCGGUGCACGAGGCCUGGAACGAGGCCACCAACGUCUACCUGCUGGUGGUGCUGGCCAGCCUGGCGCUGCUGGUCUACGCCCGCCGGAAUAAAAGGAAGAUCAUGCGAAUAUUCACAGUGCCUCCUACAGCAGAGGCACCAUCAGAGCCAAACUUCUAUGACAAUAUGAAAAAAAUCCGCUUAAGACAACAAUUAGAGAUGUAUUCUAUCGCAAGGAAGUAUGACCAGCAGCCGCCACAGAAACAGACUGACAGUAUACAGCUCUCAAUGGAAUGAAGUCUUAAAUUGUGGGAAUUCAAGCAAUUUUCACAGUGCUGAUAAUGACAGUCAUUUUCAAAGGAACUUUAAUGGCAUAUGUGUU